AUGAGUCUAGAGUCUUUGGUACUCACAGCCUCGCACUUCGCAGCAUCGGAUGUUCGAGAUACUAUAUACGCUCUACUUUACCUUGCCAAUGACAUGCACGACGUUGUUGACACUUCUUCGGCAUCGCAAGUGCAACACCGUUUCACUUCGGACUAUUCAAGACAUCCCGUGGAUAUCUUCAAGGACUUCGUACGUUAUAGCAUCGGAAAGUCCAACUCUCUCGAUGUACUUUACCGGCAUUGGGCUUGUUGGUCCCACUUGAACGCCCGGUACGGAUACAACGAAAGGUUACUACCCAGUUGGAUCGGAGCAGCAAUAUUUGGUCAGAAUCGCUCUGAAUCUCGGUAUCAUAUUCCUUCAGAUAGUCUGUUAGGACCUGUUGGCUCCCAGGUUUACCACGCAUCACACUGCAUCUCAUUUAAAGGACAAUCAAUACCGCCAACAAUCGACGAUACCAUACAACUUGAGGGAAUGCUGCUAGGCACGGUAGAUGUAGCCUCAGUAUCGGCUGUCACUAGAGGACUGAUCAGGAGCGAUUGGCUGAGAACUCUCGGAUGGUGCGGAACUCUAGAUGGAGGCAUCGAUGAUCAGCUUUGGAGGACCCUUGUGGCGAAUCGCGACCCUGAGUCGAAAGUGGCUCCUACCUGGUACCGACGAGCAUGCGCCUUGGCACUCACACAGCUUGACCAUCUCGGUGACCUGAACUCGGAAGCUCUAGCAGCCGACCCCUCACAGCCUAGCACCUUAAUCGAAUACUUGAAGCGCGUACAGAACGCGACUGCUCAUAAGAAGAUUUUCCGCUGUGCAAGUGUCGAGUCAGAAGUCAAAAAGAGCCCUACAGGAAGUCAGAGAAAGGUCGCCGAUGCCAUCGUAGGCCUAGGACCAGAGCAGAUGACAGGCGAAGAUGAAAGCUUGGUUUGCAUUCUCUAUGGAUCCUCCGUACCGGUUAUCCUCAGUCUGAUCGACGACGAGAGAUUACAAAGCGGCGACAUCUGUCACGUCAAGCUCGUCGGUGCCUGCUACGUACAUGGACAUAUGGAAGGGGAGAUAUUUGCAAGCAUGGGCGAGAAGGAAUUCCAAGGCAGAACGAUGAAGUUCAGCAUUCAUUGA